AUGACCUCAAGCCAAGUCAUCAUUGUCACCGGCGUUUCGCGCGGAAUUGGCAAGGCAGUCGUCCUUCAUCUUCUGUCCAAGGAUAUAUCCGUUGUUGGCGUAGAACUCAACGAAGACGGUCUGCAGAAGCUCACCAGCGAGAUUGACCGGCUUUCAUUUUCUGCAAAGUUUGUUCCAGUGCUUGGCGAUGUCACCGACGAGGAAGUGCAGCAGCUUGCUGUCGACAAGGCCAUUGCAAGCGGCACGCUAGUCGCUUUGGUCAACAGUGCUGGCAUGGUACAGCCAACUGGAUCCAUUGUGAAUGUCUCGCUGACGGCUUUCGAAUCCCAACUGCGGCUCAACGUCGUAGCCCCGCUCGCAUUGAUUCAGAAGACGCUUCCUCACUUGCGCUCUGUCAAUGGACGCAUAAUUAAUAUCACGUCGAAUGCGUGUAUGCUUCCGGUCAUCAACCAUGCAACGUACGGUGCAACAAAGGCAGCACUCAACUACAUUACCUCUGUGCUAGCAGUUGAAGAGCCUGAUAUCACUACAGUUGCGCUCCACCCCGGCGUUGUCGAUACCCCUCUGUUUGCUGCUAUGCAAGACGAGUUUAAGGAGGUAGGGCCAAGCGCCAGGGAGUUUUCCGAUUUCCUUGACGCAAAGAAAAUCGGACCUGAAGUUCCAGGAAAGAUUAUUGGGAAUCUGGCUCUAUAUGCCGAGCACUCGCUGUCGGGCAAGUAUAUUUUGCACGGCAUUGAUGACCUUGCAAAGUACACGUAG